AUGUUCACCAAAUCCAUGAUCUUGGCGGUCGCUGCCGCUUCAUCUGCCUAUGCUCAGCAAGCUGCCUAUGCCCAGUGCGGCGGGCAGAACUUCCAAGGUAGCACAACAUGUGUGUCUGGCUACCACUGCGUCGCGCAGAACUCCUACUAUUCCCAGUGCAUUCCGGGCUCUGGCUCUGGUAGCAGUCCAACCACAAAGGUCACCUCUUCGGCGGCUUCUAAAACUUCAGCAACCUCGAAAGCCGCUGCAUCCACCUCGCCCGCGACUGGAAGCGGUACCUACAAGGCUUCUUUCACUGAGUACGGUUCUAAUGAUCAGAACAACUCGGGCAAUUGUAACGUCCCUACCACGGCGUGUGGGUUUUAUACGAAUCCUGGUGGAUACUCUGCCGCUGUAUCUCAGAAUGAGUUCGGUGUGGGGCCAGGGGCGGGAGCUGGUCCAGGUUGCGGGACGUGCUGGAGGCUCACUAUUGAGACGGACAGCUCUGGUCACGCCGUGAGUAAUGCCGGCAACAGCAUCAUCGUCCAGGUGACAAACUUGUGCCCUGCUUCUGGAAACCCGCUUUGCGCCCAGAACGGCCUUGGUGGUACGAACCAGUACGGAGCCAACCUCAACUUCGAUACGUGCAUCGACUCUGGUGCGUCAAAAGCUCUGUUCGGCAACUCUGGUGUCGGAUUGGGCGUUGGCACGGCGGUCCAGGUUGACUGCAAGCUAUGGUCAGGCACAGUCGUCCAUUAG